AUGGUUCACCAUGAUUUUGACCACGAGGAGUUGUUCUCCCGCCGCUGCAUACUGGUGAACGGACCAGUCAUAGUUGGGGCUGGACCAUCUGGGCUCGCCGUCGGUGCAGGACUCCACCAACAAGGGGUUCCCUUUGUGAUCCUUGACCGAGCCGACUGCAUUGCUUCUCUUUGGCAAAACAAGACUUAUGAUCGACUCAAACUCCAUCUCCCUAAACAGUUUUGCCAGCUACCCUAUUUCCCCUUCCCACCAAAUUUUCCAGAAUAUCCUUCGAAAUAUCAGUUUAUCGACUAUCUUGAAUCGUAUGCUAAGAAGUUUGAGAUUAGCCCCAGGUUCAAUGAGUCUGUUCAGUCGGCUAAGUAUGAUGAGAGUUGUGGGCUUUGGAGGGUUAGGACGGUGGCGGAUAACGGUGAGGUUGAGUACAUAUGUCGGUGGCUGGUGGUGGCGACAGGGGAGAAUGCAGAGAAGGUGGUACCGGAAUUUGAAGGGUUGGAUGAGUUUGAUGGCACCGUCAUGCAUGCUUGUGAUUACCGGUCCGGUGAGGUUUUUGACGGAAAACGAGUUUUGGUUGUCGGCUGUGGCAACUCCGGCAUGGAAGUCUCUCUUGAUCUUUGCCACCAUAAUGCUUUUCCAUCCAUGGUGGUUCGAAGCUCGGUUCAUAUAUUACCAAGGGAAAUUGGUGGGAAAUCAACCUUCGAAUUGGCAACUUCAUUGAGGAAAUGGCUGCCAUUAAAGGUGGUUGACAAGAUUCUACUGGUUCUUACAAGGUGUACUCUUGGGAACUUAGAAAAAUAUGGUAUAAAACGGCCAUUAAUGGGUCCAUUACAGCUCAAGAACGUUGAAGGGAAAACCCCUGUUUUAGAUAUAGGUGCUUUACAAAAGAUCAAAUCUGGGAAGAUUCAAAUAGUCCCAGGAAUCAAGAAAUUCUCACCGGGUCGGGUCGAGCUCGUAAAUGGAGCAAAUCUUGAGAUAGAUUCAGUCAUUUUGGCAACUGGGUAUUGCAGCAAUGUUCCUUCAUGGUUAAAGGAAAAUGGUUUGUUUUCAAAAGAAGGGAGAUUUUCAGAGGGGUGGAAAGGGAAAGCAGGUGUUUAUGCAGUUGGGUUCACAGGUGGAGGUCUAUUGGGUGCAUCUCUUGAUGCCACAAGAAUCGCACAAGAUAUUGGCAAGAUUUGGAAUCAAGAAACCAAGCGAACCAAUCAUUAUGUCACAGUCUCCUGUGAUCGAAGAUGCAACAAGUAG